AUGGAGGCGCUGCGUGCGGCGGGGCGCGCCGUGCUGCGGAGCCCACGCCUCGCCCGGCACGGCCUGGGUCUCCGCCGGCGGCGCAAGCUUCCUGAGAGCUGGGCUGAUAUGCAGGAGCCACUGCUUGAGGGGAUGUGCUUCACCCUCAAAUAUCUGGGCAUGACACUGGUAGAAAAACCAAAAGGAGAAGACAUGGCUGCUGCUGCCAUCCGCAGGAUCGUGGCCAUGGCACGGGUUGGAGCUCGCAAGUUUCAGAAGGUGAUUCUGACAGUGUCUCCAAGGGGCAUCUCACUGCAGGAUGCAGACACUAAGGAAAUGGUGGAGAACAUCUCCAUCUACAGGAUCUCCUACUGCACAACAGACAAGUUGCAGAACAAAGUCUUUGCUUACGUUGCCCAGAGCCAGGAGAGCGGGGCACUGGAGUGCCAUGCCUUCCUCUCACCCAAGAAGAAGAUUGCCCAGGCUGUUACUCUGACUGUGGCCCAGGCCUUUCAGAUGGCACUGGAUCUCUGGGAAGCAACACAUGCAGGCUCUAGGCAGGAUCAGCCCCUUCACCCUUCAUGUGUCCUGGAGAGCAGUGAGCCCGGCAGACCCCGUGAGCCAGCCCCCCCUGGGAACGCUCCCUUCAGACACCAGUUUGGGGUACAGUAUGAGCAAGAGGAGGAAGAAGAUGAUAAUACCAGUGAAACCUUAUCUGGAACUAAUACCUCUUGUGCCCCCAUCAAGCUCUUCUACAGCACAGCUACUGUGCUACCGCCUGGGGCCACCCCUGGACAGCUGGAUGGUGCUGGGAGGGGUUGGAGACUCCCCCAGCACUGGCCCCAGGGCUGCUGGCCCCAAGACUCCCCUGGGCUAAGCCAAAUCUCUGCAACAAUAGACCAGCCACUCAGGAUUCACCCAGUGCCUGGCUGCCCUGGCACUGCCCUCCCAGCACGGGGGCUGCUGGCACUGCUGCCAUGGAGUGCACAGAGGAGCAACCAUGGGGUCACCAUCAGUGGGACAGCUUGCAGCUGGUCCAACAGAACCACAUGGCCCAGCCUGCAGCAGCAGCAGGUCUCCCUCAAGGGCCAGAGGAAUGCGAGGUGA